AUGAAUGCUUUGUUGGAGUUGUUUAAAACAAAGGAUUCAGAGGCCAACCUAGAUACGGUUAAGAAAAAGAUAACCACUUUGAGAAUUUGUUUUAAAAAGGAAUUAAUGUUGGAGUUGUUUAAAACAAAGGAUUCAGAGGCCAACCUAGAUACGGUUAAGAAAAAGAUAACCACUUUGAGAAAUUGUUUUAAAAAGGAAUUAAUGUUGGAGUUGUUUAAAACAAAGGAGCCAGAGGCCAACCUAGAUACGGUUAAGAAAAAGAUAACCACUUUGAGAAAUUGUUUUAAAAAGGAAUUAAUGUUGGAGUUGUUUAAAACAAAGGAUUCAGAGGCCAACCUAGAUACGGUUAAGAAAAAGAUAACCACUUUGAGAAAUUGUUUUAAAAAGGAAUUAAUGUUGGAGUUGUUUAAAACAAAGGAUUCAGAGGCCAACCUAGAUACGGUUAAAAAAGACAACCACUGUGAGAAAUGGUUUUAA